AUGGCCCACCUGGGUGCCCAUUUUGCCUUUAGAUCCCGCUGGCAGAAGACCGACGAUGAACUCUGUAGACAUAGCAUGUCUUUUAUCCUUCACAAAGCCAUUCGCAAUGACUUCUUUCAGAGCUAUCUCUACCUGCUGGAAAAAAUUCCCCUGGUGAAAUUGUAUGCUUUAACAAGCCAAGUCAUCAAUGGCAAGAUGCAGUUCUAUGCCAGAGCUAAACUUUUCUAGCAAGAAGUACCAGCCACAGAAGAGGGUAUGAUGGGAAAUUUCAUUGAACUGUCCAGCCCAGACAUCCAGGCCUCUCAGAAAUUUCUUAGGAAAUUUGUUGGGGGGCCUGGGAGAGCUGGAACAGACUGCGCCUUGGACUGCGGCUCUGGGAUAGGAAGGGUCAGCAAACACGUCUUAUUGCCUGUUUUCAACAGUGUGGAGCUGGUGGAUAUGAUGGAAUCCUUUCUCCUUGAAGCCCAGAACUACCUGCAGGUCAAAGGUGACAAAGUAGAAAGCUACCACUGCUAUAGCCUGCAGGAAUUCACACCCCCCUUCAGGAGAUAUGGUGUCAUCUGGAUUCAGUGGGUCUCUGGGCACCUGACUGAUAAGGACCUUCUUGCAUUUCUUUCCCGGUGCCGAGAUGGCCUGAAAGAAAAUGGCAUCAUCAUAUUGAAGGACAAUGUGGCCCGGGAGGGCUGUAUCCUCGAUCUCUCUGACAGCAGUGUGACUCGGGACAUGGACAUCCUCCGGAGUCUAAUAAGGAAGAGUGGGCUGGUGGUGCUGGGCCAGGAGAAGCAGGAUGGCUUCCCAGAGCAGUGCAUCCCUGUGUGGAUGUUCGCACUGCACAGUGACAGACACUCCUGAAAAAGCUGUGGGAAUGAAUGACCGGACUGGGCAGUGGUGCUUUGGGAUGGAGUUGCUAUCCUUCCAGGUGCCCCUUGUAAUGCAGAUAGGGAUGGCAAGAAAAGGGAUACAACAUAUGUCUGCAAAUUAUUUGUGAUAUAAUAUGUACAUGUUUUCAGUGAUUAUAUAAUGCACACAC